GAGACACGACACCUGAGUAGCUGGAGACGGUCAGGCAGCGCGCUCAAUAGAAGGCGGAAUUCGGGAAUGAUGGAAGGCACAUCCUUUGGAGCUGGCAGAGCUGGAGGGGCAUUCGAGCCCAUCCCUUUCCUCAGAAAGCCUCAGACUAUCCUCCGGAUAAUAUGCUGGAUCUUCUCAAUUGUGGUUUUUGGAUCUAUUUUAAAUGAAGGCUACAUAAACAGUUCCAGUUCAGCACUUUACUGCAUCUUCAACAAGAAUGCGAAUGCAUGUAAUUACGGCAUCACUAUUGGCUUUAUGGCCUUUUUCGCCAGCACUUUCUUCUUCAUCCUGGAUGUAUACUUCCCACAAAUCAGUAGUGUAAAGGACAGAAAGAGGGCAGUUCUCUUGGAGUUAGGACUCGCAGGAUUUUUGACAUUUUUGUGGUUUGUAGGCUUCUGUUUCUUAGCAAACCAAUGGCAACAAACAAAGUCUUCUGAUCUUACCUUCAAUCAGGGAGCGGACGCAGCCCGUGCGGCAAUCAGCUUUUCAUUCUUCUCCAUUGUGUCUUGGGCUGUCAUCACUGUAAGGGCAUUUCAGAGAUACAGAAUGGGAACAGAUAUGUCUCUCUUCACCACAGACCAAUUCACGUCUGGUUCUGCUACUGGCCCUUUCCCAGCAUACCCAGCCAGCAAUGGAACGGAUGGAACCAAGACCUACCAGAGUCCACCAUUUACUGAGAAUUUAGAUACCAGCCCAAAGGGUUACCAAAUCCCAUCAUAUUAAAGGCCAAAUUCAAUGUAAAAAUUAUCUGAUGAUGGGCAUACUUGUAAUGCAGUGAAUUUAAUUGAUUGGUUAACAGCCAACAUGAAGUUCCUUUCUGUCUGCAUCACAAUGUUGAUGGUUUACGUAAUAUGUAGCUAGUUAUGCAGUAGUCUCUGUUCAAUUUGUUGGUUCUAGUGCAUUGCAACACAGAGUUCCCUCUAAGUAUUUAUGUUUACAGAAGGUCUCUAUAACGUGGAAUGCCUGAAAGCUUUGGAUAGGACUAGAACAGCAUAUUUUUUUUAAUUUGUAAAUAGACAAAAAGAAGAUCAUUCAACCCUCACCGUCAUUUAUAGUUUGCAAAUAACUGUUAUUUUUGUAUAUACAAGGUAAAAAAAACACAUAUUUUUAAUAGAAUUAGUCAACAGCUUCAAGUUUUUGUAUGUUCAUCCAAGGAAGGUGUAAACAAAUUAUACUUCUGAAUUUUCACUUAUCUGACAAUGACAACCUUAAAACCGAAAUUCAAAAGAACCACUUGACUUUCUGCAUUAGUGCAGUUUCUGUGUGUGUGGUACUGAAUAAAGUAUCAUAAAAUCAGAAUAUAGGAAUAAACUGCUUAAAUGCAACAAAGCACAAAAUGAUGUUGAAUUCACAUGGAUUCACAAUCUUCAGUAUUAGAAGGAAAGUAAGUAUAGGUUAAGUCUGGGCCCACUCUGAGGCUGUUUUAAGUAUUUAAACACUGAUUAGAAAGCAGUUCUGUCUAUAAAAAGUAUGGAACUCUUGUCUUAGAGGGAACACUGAAAACAAGAACAACAUAUUGAUGACUUCAAUAUGUUUUCUUGAGAUUAGCCGUACUUGUGAGACUAAGUGUACUGUUUACUGUUUUGUUGUUCUGCGUAUUUAUGUACAAAAGUAUACCUAGUCAAUGUAUAGACUUAAGAAGUAGCUGUUCAGAAAUGUCCGGUGAUGUAAGAAGUGCAAUUAUUCCAAUGUGAUUUCCAUUGUAUUCAUGUAUUUUUGUGCAGCAAUAUCAGUGGUGGGGUAGAUAGGUCUGAAAAUUGUUGUAAAUUAUUUAAAUUCUACUUUUAAAAAAUGUUUUGUGAAAAAUGGAAAUUAUUUAAAAUGGAUAAUGUUAAUGCAUAGUUUGAGCAUUUUAACUUACUAGAAAUUAUCAAGGAAACAGUGGAAAUGGAUUGCUCUGAAUGUUUUAGAGUUAUAAUCCAGUUCCCUAAUAGUGAUAAUAUAAUAGCUUAUAUUUCAGAGGAUAUAAAAAUGAUAAAAUGCAAGCUGUGAUGGAGAUUUAUCUUCUGCCAUGUUAUUCAGUGUUAUGUUUCUUGUAAUAUUGAGGACAAGACGUUAUAUUGUAAGGACUGGGUUAACAUCUGUUAGUAUAAUUUUAGGGGAAACAUGAGUUUUGAGCUGCAAUCAAGAAUAUUGAGAGUUCAGCACAAAUAAACUUGAUUAUAUGUAUAAA